AUGGGCGGUAUUUCCCUGUUUCCCAUCACACAGAAUUGCGGUGGAUUUCUGCGAAAACUCAUGUCACCAAAUAUCUUGAACGUAAGAGUUGUCCUCACUUCUCAUUUUACCGUUCUCUACUACAGCUUGUCCCUUACCACCACGUGUUCUAUGAAAGCGGCAGACGGCCGAGAAGGCCAUAGAAUAUCCCUCUGGACUCCAGGAGUGGGCCGCAUCUUGGCCUCCGCAAUUUACCCCAGGGAAAGUUGUGGGGUACCAAAGUGCCAAAUGUUAGCUGGUGGCUGCGGACACCGCGGGGGAAUCCAAUUCAAGUAA